CUGUGUACACUCUCAAUCGAGACACAAUGAUGGCAGCGUCUGAAGAGGAGGAAAGAAAAAUCAAAUGUCUGCUGGAAAGAUUUGCGGAGAAACUUCAACAACUUGGGCUUGAAGGUAGAGUAAGGAACAUAAUGGCUAACAAACCAGAAGAAGGAAUCCUUCGAGCCAUUGAAGAAGAGGACCCUGAACUGCUCGUGAUGGGCUGUCGAGGAAAGAGCACGCUUCGUCGGACAUUUGUCGGCUCGGUCAGCGACUAUCUGGUGCAUCACGCGCCUUGCCCAGUGGUCGUCUGCAAGCGUCCCCAGAAAAGCAAAUAG